GAUGGAAACAUCGAGUACAAGCUAAAGCUAGUGAAUCCCUCGCAAUAUCGCUUUGAGCACCUGGUGACACAGAUGAAGUGGCGACUACAGGAAGGCCGUGGUGAGGCUGUCUAUCAGAUUGGCGUGGAGGACAAUGGGCUGCUGGUGGGCCUUUCGGAGGAGGAGAUGCGUGCUUCACUCAAGACACUGCGCCGUAUGGCAGAGAAGGUUGGGGCUGACAUUACAGUACUGCGGGAGAGGGAGGUCGAUUACGACAGUGACGUUCCAAGGAAGAUAACGGAGGUGCUUGUCCGAAAGGUGCCUGACAACCAGCAGUUCUUAGACCUGCGAGUAGCUGUGCUGGGGAAUGUGGACUCAGGGAAGUCAACCCUGUUGGGUGUCCUAACACAAGGAGAGCUAGACAACGGGCGGGGCAGAGCACGCCUCAACCUCUUCCGGCAUCUCCAUGAAAUACAGUCAGGAAGAACGUCGAGCAUCAGCUUUGAGAUCCUCGGCUUCAACAGCAAAGGAGAGGUGGUAAAUUACAGUGACUCCCGAACAGCAGAAGAGAUCUGUGAGAGUUCUUCCAAAAUGAUCACUUUCAUUGACCUGGCUGGCCACCACAAGUAUCUGAAAACAACCAUCUUUGGCCUCACCAGCUACUGCCCGGACUUUGCUAUGCUGGUGGUUAGUGCCAACACUGGCAUUGCAGGCACAACGCGAGAGCACUUGGGCUUGGCCAUGGCCCUCAAGGUCCCCUUCUUCAUUGUCAUCAGCAAAGUUGACUUGUGUUCAAAAGCGACGGUGGAACGGACAGUGAAGCAGCUGGAGCGAAUCCUGAAGCAGCCAGGCUGCAACAAGCUUCCCCUGCUUGUGAACUCAGAUGACGAUGCUGUUACGGCAGCACAGCAGUUUGCACAGUCUCCCAACAUCACCCCAAUCUUCACACUGUCCAGCGUUUCUGGGGAGAACCUGGACCUCUUAAAAGUCUUCCUCAACAUCCUCCCUCCACUGACCAACAGUAAAGAGCAGGAAGAACUAAUGCAGCAACUCACAGAGUUUCAGGUCGAUGAAAUUUAUACUGUGCCAGAAGUGGGGACUGUUGUGGGAGGAACUCUGUCAAGUGGGAUCUGCCGAGAAGGGGAGAACCUGGUGGUUGGUCCCACCGAUGACGGGAAGUUCCUCCGGCUGAAAGUGUGCAGUAUCCAACGCAACCGCUCUGCCUGCCGCGUGCUGCGAGCUGGGCAGGCAGCCACGCUGGCCCUUGGACCCUUUGACCGCUCCCUGCUGCGGAAGGGCAUGGUCAUGGUGAGCCCAGAAAUGAACCCCACCAUCUGCUCAGUGUUUGAAGCUGAGAUCGUGCUGUUGUUCCAUGCCACGACUUUCCGGAAGGGAUUUCAAGUGACGGUACACGUGGGGAAUGUGCGACAGACUGCUAUCGUAGAGAAGAUCCACGGAAAGGACAAGCUGCGGACAGGAGAGAAGGCAGUCGUCCGUUUCAGGUUCAUCAAGCAUCCUGAAUACUUGAAGAUCGGAGCCAAGCUGCUUUUCCGUGAAGGAGUCACCAAAGGCAUUGGGCAUGUCACUGACCUCCAAGCCAUCACCACCAAAGAAAACGGCUUGGAGGAGUCCCUGGGGCCUGGACAGCUGAGCUUCUGA